GUGCAAACUCCUCGCCACAGAUUGCGUCCUUGACCCCACGAAGGCACAAGAUCCUUGCCACGGCAACGAAUUUAGAGAAAAUAGACUCGGAGAAGUAGUACCAUUUGCAUUUUGACCGCUAUAUUAGAAGUGCAAAUAACCUGAUCUUCCACCAUGCAGGGUUCUCGCCACCCAGCAAAAAGCCCGCAUUGCUUCGUGUAUUGCAGGACAAGCUUCAAUUGUAACUACAACUUCCUUAAUUUAAAUUUUUUCUUGUACAUUUUCGUGCUUUUUACCUCAACAAGGGCGUCAACAUCGCUCCUCAUGUCCUCGAGCAAUCACCUCUCGGCCGCUGACGGGGAGCGGCUUUUUCUACCCCCAAACGGCGAGGAAGGCGUGCCGGAGGAAGCUUUUCUCGACGAGCAAGGGCUAGCUGGGCAAAUGUCUGAAUUUCUGGCCCCGCCGCCGGUUCGCCGCAAACUCACCAUCCGGUACGGAUCCUCCCUGAAACUGAUAAGUGCCGCCUCCGAAUUACUCUCCAACGAAUUCAAGCAGGAUCCCGAAGAAGGCUGGGCAGAACGGCCGUUGCUGUUCGUCAUCGUCGAGUUAGAUAGCGUUCCCGCCUGUGCGGCCCGGGUGCAAGUCGACUUUCCGGGAGUUGUUGCAGGGGCAGAUAUGCUUAUGCAGGCAGAAAACGCACUUCGAGACGGGCGCGGAGAUGAUGUUUUUGGUGCUGAAGGUGAAGCAAAACGUCGACGCAACAGCUUCAGUCCGUUUGGUAGAACUUCCACUAGACACGACGACGAGACGAAGAUGACAGGAACACAGGAUCUGGAUCAUGUAGUUGGCGCUACUGGAGCAACAAGCAGUGUUGGUGCUGCUAGUGCGAGCGCGAGCGGAAGUCGAUCAGGUCCCGGGGGCGGCGCGGACAGAGAACCGGGUCGUGGUUCAUCAGCAUCGUCAUCAGCUAUAAAAAUCUCAGACAAAAUGCUGGAUAAUACCGCAGGUCCAACAUCAACUACUUCCACAUCACCAUCUGCGCCCCAGCGCCGCAUCAUUGUCGAGUACAUGCACACACUGGAUGCGUACCAGAAAUUGGGUCUGGGGUCGCGACUGGUCACUUUCCUGAUGUCGGUCGCCGACAUGGAGCAGGCAGACUUUCUGCUGGUAUCCACGGAGGAGGCGCAGUCGUUCUGGAACGCCAGAAAGGGGUUGGUGCUGGAGCAAUCACUGGCGCUGAACCGGAAAUACAACACGUACAACGACACACUGCUGCUAAAACUCCGCAGCAACCGGUUCGGCGCGCCGGUUUCGCAGGCCGUCAGUGACGAGAUGAAGGCUUUUCUCGAGCAACAGAGGCUGAACGCGGAGGAGGAGGAGGAGGAGGCCGAUGACAGUGGCGACGGUGACGAGGAGGAGGAGGAGGAAGACGAAGAUGGAGAGGACGCAAAUAAUGGACCGCCAGAAGAAGAGGAUGAGCAACUUCAGUUGGCGCUGGCAAUGAGCCUGCAGGAAGGACGAGAUGGGAACGCGGAAGGACGCACUAUCAAUCCGCCUCCUAGGCACCCAGGAGGAGUACUUGUUGAGCAACAUCAACAGCCGCAACAGGACAAUACAGACGAUGAACUCGCAGAAGCCAUACGACGGAGCCUGGAGAGCCAGUGAUUCCAAACUCUCAACUACAAGCGAAAAAUUUUAAAGCUGGUACUCACCAUUCCCUUUCGGGUUCAUAAGAUGCAAGAGGAUCACGAGCAUGAGCAAGCAGCGAGCUGCUCGAGGUCCACUAUAUCCUGCAAGCUGCAAAGAAAUUCUUGAUUGUGCAAGCAC